UCAAAAAGCAAAGCAUGGAGGCAAGCACCCGAUUCCGAUGAAGCUUCCCUUCUCUUCUACUAGUGCUCAUGCCUUUCUAUUCCCACGCUUUCCCUUUCCACCACUUGAGGUUUUUCUAUCGGUUUGGCUAACUACCAACAUCUUCGAUCUUUGUUGGUUUUUGGUGCAUUUGAUUUGGGGAGUGGAUGUGGUGAGUUUUGAUCAGUAUAAUGGAGCCGUCACAGGGGUUCUUUGCUUCUAUUUGGAGAUUUCUGUACUUCUUGCCCUUUUUCAUUGGAUUGCUGGUUUUGGGAAUUGUUAAAGGUGCUUUACUUUGCCCAUUUAUAUGCCUUAUAAUGACCAUUGGAAAUUCUGCUAUCAUUUUGGGUCUCUGGCCGGCACACGUCAUCUGGACAUACUACUGUAUACUAAGAGCCAAACAGCUAGGGCCUAUUCUGAAGAUUGUUCUUUGUAUUGGAAUAUCUCUAAUCCUUGUUGUGUGGCCACCGAUUGGCGUCUUGAGCAGUAUAUUAGCAGGGUUGGGAUAUGGUUUUCUUGCACCAAUUAUCGCUACCUUUGAGGCUGUAGGAGAAGGAAAGACAAAUAUGUUCUUCCAUUGUUUCUGGGAUGGGACAUGGGAUACUGUCAAAGGAAGUUUUACUGUGGUCAGGGAUGUGAAAGAUGUGGCUUUUAAUUCAUAUUUUUCGCUUAUGGAUGACCUUCGACUUCAAGAUCCUCCCAAUGGAGAACCACACGAAUUAAGGUUGUUAUAUGUUUUGGUUGCCAUUAUUGUUGGUGUGAUCGGUAUCAUUAUUGACCUGCCAAUGAUCACCCUAAUUGCACUUUGCAAGAGUCCUUAUAUGCUUUUCAAGGGAUGGAAAAGAUUGUUUCAGGAUCUUAUAGGCCGAGAAGGACCAUUUCUGGAGACAGCAUGCGUACCAUUUGCUGGUCUUGCUAUUAUCCUUUGGCCAGCUGCAGUUGUUGGAGCAGUUGCAGCUUCAAGCUUAUCGAGUUUAUUUGUAGGUGGUUAUGCAGCUGUCGUAACAUACCAGGAGUCAUCAAUUCAGAAGGGGCUGGCGUAUGUCGUUGCUUCUUUGUCUAUCUUCGAUGAGUACAGCAAUGAUGUUCUUGACAUGCCUGCAGGAUCUUACUUUCCGAGGCCUCAGUACAGGAAACAGGAAUUAUUACAUUCUGCCACUUUAUCAAGACCCACCUCCUUCAAUACGGAAAAGCAAGAAGGGAAAAAGCCACUUCAUAAAACAAUGUCCUUUAAGAACAAAGUGCUUGAAUAUAAGCCAAUUAAGUUACUCGGGCUACUGCUUAUAGAGUGCAAGAGCCAUGGUGAGGCUCUUAUUGCUGAAGGGGUAAUAACAGCUAAAGAUAUCGAAGAAACAAAGUCCAACAAAGAUGGAAGCAGAAUUAUAGCCAUUGGUUUGCCAGCAUAUUGCAUCCUUCAAGCCCUUCUACGAUCUAUUAAGGCCAACUCUGAUGGUUUGCUGCUAAGCGAUCAGACAGAGCUAACACUAGAAAAUAAACCUAAAGACAGAUUCUAUGAAUGGUUCUUAGAACCCUUGCUGAUCCUCAAGGAUCAAAUCAAGUCUGUGAAUCUGUCGGAAGAGGAAGAAAACUAUCUUUGCAAGCUAGUCUUGUUAGUUGGAGAUCCUAAACGAGUUGACGAUAUUGAUGUUGGAAUGAUAUUACAAAAUGAGCGGAGGCAAGCGGAGAUCGGUGCAUUUGCUCGCAGGUUGCAAGGUAUCACCAAGUCUAUCUCAAGGUAUCCGACAUUCAAACGUCGAUUUGAUGGCCUUGUGAAGACUCUAUCUGAGGAGCUAGAAAAGAAGAUUGGCGGUAGCCUAUCCAGCAACGGUUCUCGAUCGACAAAAAGAUCGAUAAGUGGUUUUGGCCGACUUUUUAGCCAAAAAUCAUUUGGAAUAAAAACAAGCAACAAGGGUGUUAAUGAUCAAGGAGAAGUCCAUCCUUAAUUCUUCAUCAAAUGUUUGAGUUCAAUGAAGUGUAUUUAGUAUGAGAAGAUAUAUACUGUUGUUGUUACAUUGUAGCAUUCUACCAAGAAUGAAAUUGUACGAGUAAAUCCAGUGAAAUGCUUCUUCUGUUCACUAAGUUCAGGUUGCAUUCCUUA